AUGUACGUGACGAGGCCUCUUUCUGCGUACUUGAAGGACCAAGCUGGUCUAUCUCUUCCACCACCGGAGGGUCCAAACUCAGGCAUUCUGGUGAUCUCCGACGAAGAAGCAGAGAGCGGUUUCGGCAUACGAAGAGACGACAGAAUAAGAAAUCUUCCUUUCCCUCAGAACAAAGACUUGACUGUUUUUGGCACAGAUGAAUCCACCAACAGAGUCAUGUUCAUUCCAGUUCUGAAUCAACCCUUGAGUGCCAAUCGCUACUACGUCGUCUUCACACAAGGCUGGGAAGAAGGGGAAGCAGCAACGAGCUCGAAGGAAGACGAUAAGAUCACAUGUUGUUGGGGAAGUUGUAUACAAGAUGCAACACCAAGUGGUUUAGAUCCCUCGAAUGUUUAUCAGCAAUUUGAGAUAAUAAAGAAGCCUCGUGAUAGGUUUGAAGCCAAGUCUAUUGCUUCAGAUGGAUUUCCUCCUAUAUUCCUCAGAGGCGAAUGGAGGCUAUGCAAUAAUAUUCCUCACCACCAUUUAAGUCAACAAGCUUCUGGACUUAACUCAUCCUUGCGUGCUCAAUUACCAGAUUUAGAUUUUUCCUCCUAUCUUGACUGUUCUGAACAAGUUGUUGGAAAAUGGUACUGUCCUUCCAUGAUGGUGAAAGAACAUGGAACGAGAUCAAAAAACAAGAAUAAUAAAUCAAUGUUCUACGAGAUGACACUUGAGCAAAGAUGGGACAAGGUAUUUUCCAAGGAAAAUAAUAACGAUGGAAACACAACAGAAAAGAAAGUAGUUGUGGAAGUGGAGGUCGCUAAAAACAGAAGCUGCACAAAUUGCAGGAACAAAGGAUGCUUCAAGGAGUGACAAAGAUGUGAGCAAAACCGGAUUUAUGUGGUUUGCUAGUCAUCAUGAUGGUAAUAAUAGCAAGAAAGAAGAGAAAGUAGGGUUGAACAUGGCUAUUGUUGAGAGAAUGAAAUGGGAACAAGAAAGAGUUGGAUGGCUUACUGGGAAUCACAAGAUAGGAAGAGUGGAAGAGUUUGGAGGUAAUAAUAGUGACACGUGGAAAAAAUUUUCAUGUUAUAUACUUGCGGAGAGUUUUGUGUUGAAGACUAUGGAAGGAAGAUUGGUGAUCACUUUUGAUUAUAAGCACGCCCACCAAAUUAGGUGCAAGUGGGACUGAGCUGCAUUAUUAAGAUCUUCAUCUUCAUAUAUAGAUUUUACAUUUUUUUCAUCUUUGGCUUCCCUAAAAACGAUAGGGAGAAUUACAAUCAUAUCUCAAAUAAGAAAAUCAUCUAAUUAUUUUUCAAUCCAUUUAUAAGUCAAAUUUUUAUAUUUACAUGUUAAACUUCAGUAUUUAUAAAUGGAUGGGACUUGUAGGAAAUUAGUUUCCUUAUUGGGAUCUAUAUGUAAUUCUCCCAAAAAGAUAUUGUUGCAUAUAUUAGUGAUAAUCAAAAUUCAGUCAAUCAUGUGAGGCCAGCUCCAUAGUUGGAGUUUUUGGACUAUUGUCCAACUCUUCGAAUAGGCACAUGUUGAUCUGAUUUUCUUUCUUAUUUAUUUCAUUUUAUAUAAUUUUAAUCGCUCAUGUACUUUGACCAUUAUAAAAAAAAAUAAAAAAUAUGGUCAUGUUUGUAUUCU